UUUUGGCAGGCCGGGAGCCUCUUGGCCCAAGACCAUUCAAUAGCGAACGUUUUUCAUCAGCCUUUACUAUGCUGCGCCCUGCGACCUUCCUCUGCUGCCUGGCGCUGGGCGCCGGCAUUGAUCAGGGGGUGGUGAGCCGCAUGCUGCGGAACCUGGACGGGAACCGCGACGGCUACGUGGAUCGCCAGGAGAUGGAGGCCUUCGCCCGGGUGCAGAACGUGGACCGUGCCACCAUGCAGCGGGACUUCGCGUCACUGGACUUGGACGGGGAUGGCCUUCUCAACGCCGAGGAGCUCGCCCAAAGCUUUCGCCCAGAGGUGCUUCAGCGGGAGCCGGCGCACUCGCUGGAGCCCGAGCUGAACCCUCGAGGAUUGACCCCUCCAGCACCCACUCCGGAGCUGCAAGUCGACGAAGCACUGCGAGUGCCAGACCUGCAAGCAGCGCCAAGCGCAUUCAGCGCUUUCAGCGCGCCAGCGCCGGCGUCGCUUGCCAUGCUACAGGGAGCUCAAGGAACGGCAGGAGCCGCCGAGUCAGCAGCUGAAGCCGUGGUCAAGGAGUUGAACCUUGAAAGCCAGGCUGAGGAGCAGGCCCAGAGCUUCGAGCGCCGGGCGGUGGAGCUCCGCGCCAACGCCACCGCCGUGGCCAAGUUGUCCUCGCAGCGCGCGCUGCGGGCCGGGGCAGUAGCCGGGGAGACGAAGGCCAAGGACCUGCUGCAGCAAGUCCUCGCCAUCGAGCAGAAGGCCUCCGAGGCGGAGGCGCAGGCGGCGGCGCUGCGGAAGCGCGCGGCCGCGGAGCUGCGUCAGGCAGAUGACUUUUCCUCGAUCGCCAACGCGGCCAUGAAGAUGUGAAUCGAAGUGUGUCCCGAAGCGGAAAAAGAC